AUGAAAAGGACGUACAAUAAAUUGAUGAGAUGUAACGUUUUACGACCGGAGCUGGAUUUACCACCAGAGUUGUGGACGGAGGUAUUGGCGAGGCUGCCGGCGAAAACCCUAGUAAGAUUCAGGACUGUUUGUAGAGCUUGGUGUUCUACGAUCGAUAAACCUGAAUUCUUUUCGAAGCAUCUCAGUCUUUACAAGAAUAACACAGCCAAAAAUCGUUUACUAGUCUUGGAUGAUUCGAUGGAAUACAGUACACUUCAAGUUCUUCUAAGGUAUAAGUUUACAUUAACUACAACAUUUCGGCAGAAGAUGAGUGGAAGACUUGACAUUCUUGGAUACUGUAAUGGUUUGGUUUUGCUUUCGCUGAAUUGUGGUAUGUAUGAUCAGAUUAAGCUAUUGAACCCGUCUAUACAAAAAUCUACUGUUCUUCCCCGUUGUCCUGGCGUCACACAAACUGAUGCUCCUAUAUAUAUUAUUGGAUUUGUCCCUUCUAGUAAUGAAUAUAAAGUGGCUGCCUUUCGCUUUUCGGUUAAGAAUUUAUCAGUUUCAAUUUCAAUUUAUUCAUUUAGUGAUCAUCUUUGGAGGACCAAAACCGCUAUGAUUGAUUUUCCUGUUAGAUUUUUUCGAAGUAUGGGGUAUGUCGAAAUAUACAAAGAGGGUUAUUGUUCCUCUAAUAAUUGGAAAAGUUAUUAUUCUCAUGGGGCUGUGUAUUGGCUUGUGUCUGAUAAAAAAGAACCAAAUCAACAGAGUGAUGAAUACGAACCGGUUUUUGAAUACGGACCUAAACAUGGUUCGACUUUGGUGUGGAAGGUUUUAACUAUGUGA